AUAUACUUUGACAUUUGUCAAAUCUGACACUUUGUGUGUACGUCAUUGUGGAUCUUUCACUUUACGAAACAAGAAAAGUCUCGUUUUUCUCCAAUUCAUUCCAAUUUUCCUUUACCUUACAAAUAUGUCUAAAGUAACAUUCAAGAUCACUCUCACUUCAGACCCCAAACUUCCCUUCAAAGUGCUCAGCGUGCCCGAGGCGACUCCGUUCACGGCGGUGCUGAAGUUUGCGGCGGAGGAGUUUCGCGUGGAGCCCGCCACCAGCGCCAUUAUCACCGACGACGGCAUCGGCAUCAACCCGCAGCAGACGGCCGGGAAUGUAUUCCUGAAGCACGGCUCGGAACUGCGCCUGAUCCCCAGAGACCGGGUAGGGCACACCCCUUAGUCACAAGCAUUCCGUAAUUUAAGCGCACUUUAUAUAUAGCAUAAUAUAUUCUAUUUCUAUGUUUAAUUAUUAAAUGUUUUGUAUAUAAAA